AUGGCAGAUGAAGCAUUUGAAAACCAGUCAUCACCCAAGAGGGGACGGGGACGACCAAAAGGCGUCAGAGGUACGGCUCGGCCUAGGACAACUCGAGGGAGAAGUCGAGGUAGAGGCAGGGGCAGAUCAGAGGAAGAAGAUUCAAUUUCGAUGGAAAUAAAUAGAACUCUUGAACAAGCAGGGCUACCUUCGUCGGAUAUUAAUUUGAAUUUGGAAGCAGAAAUAAAUCUUCCAACGUCUCCAUACUUGAGCAGAGCACCUUCUCCUACCCCCUCCUUGGCCUCAAUUUCGAGUGGUAGACGACUUGGUUCUUUAUCACAUGAUCUUCCAGCUCCUGGAAGAUUAGCUUCGGUGAGAACGGCACCAACUGGACAUUACUUUCUAUCAACAUCUUCAAGAGUUACAUUACGUGGAACACAAAAAAAAAUAUUUGUUCCGACAAUACCUGAAGCACAUAGAAGGUCUCAACCAACGAUAGCUGCCGACGCAAUUACCCCUGAAAUGUUUGAUAUAGGGGAUAAUGAACCGCUCACAUCUGGUACAGAUUUAAGAGGACGAGGAACAGAUCGAGGAAGAGGAACCCGUGGACGCGGCAGAUUUGUUCCAGAUAUGGUUGCAUCUGGACCGUUCGCAUUUGGUUCAAAUGCUAAUUUCCAGCCAUUGGACACUGCGAACGUUUUUAGCACUUCUGUUAUUGAAGAAAGGAAAAGUAGAACAGAUUAUGCUGAAGAUUUUGAAUCUUUCCGAGAAGAUCCUUGGGCACCAGAUAUACUUUUAGUUGAGCAUGAAAGAGAAGACACUGCUGGUAUAUUAGAAGAAAGAGAUAGAAACCGAAGUCGACGAACUUUCUUUUCUUUUUAUCCAUUAGGCAAGGAUGAAAAUCAUCUAUUAUGUUUUCAAUUGCCUACCGUCUUACCUGAGUUUGAACCAUCUAAACGUCCAAGGAUGAGUGGUCCGAAUGAUAGGUCGCCCCUUGACAAAGGAAAGGGUAGAGUUACGGAUAAACCAGGACCUGGUCCACCCGUAACGCAAUCGUCAGUAAAGGAGAAGGGUAAGAGUAAAGAAAGGGAACAAGACAAUUCUGAGGAUGCUGUCAAUGGUAAUAAUAAACCAGAGGGUCAGAUAGGACGACUAAUUGUGCGUAGAUCUGGUAAAAUGCAAAUGGUUUUUGGGGAUUUUACAUUUGAUGUCACGGCAGGUUUGAAUCGGACAUUUUUGGAGAAUGCUGUAGUGAUCGACCCUUCUCAAGAAAGUGUUUUUAAUUUAGGACAGAUCACGCAACACUUAGUCGUGAAACCAAACAUUUCAAGUUUAUUGAGUAAUAUGUAA